UGCGGUGACAGUGAGUGAGUGAGUGCGGUGCAGUGAGUGCGGGUAGUGAGUGCGACAGGGACAGAGAUGCAGUAGCAGUAUGGCGGAUGACAGCACCAUCAUCGAGGGCACCGUCAAGUUCCGCGAUGGCAAGAAGUGGAAGUCCCGCUGGUGCGUGAUGCGGAAGCUGUCGCCCGUCGCAGACUGCGUGCACCUGCAGCUGUACCGCGACGCGCGGUCGCGCUGCGCGGCGGGUGCGGAUGCGGGCGCGAGCGGCGUGAAGGCGGCGCUCUCGCUGCAGCAGUUCCUGGGCGCCGAGGCGGGAUUCACGCUCGACAAGCACUCCAACACGCUGGCGCUCGUCUGCCGCGACCUCGUCGCCAUCCUCGCCUUCGAGACCAGGGAGCGCCUCAUACAGUGGCAGGUGAAAGUGAACCUGCACCUGGGCGAGGCGCGGCAGUACCUGGUGGUGCUGGGCGCGGGGGCGGGUGCGGGGGCGGGCGGCAAGCGGCUGCCGGCGGGCCCGGCGCGCCUGCUGCUGCACGAGCGCCGCUGCGCGCUCACCGCUGGCGUGCCGCCGCGGCUGCUCGGCGAGUGGCAGCUACAACACCUGCGGAGGUAUGGUGUGGUGGAAGGCAAGUUCUGCUUCGAGGGCGGGUCGCACUGCGGCGCGGGCGAGGGCUUGUUCGUGCUGACGACGGACCAGGCGGCGGCGCUGGCGCGGGACUUCGAGCUCGCCGCGCAGGGACGCCUGUCGCCGAGGCGGCGGCCGCAAGCUACCAAACCUGAAGGAGCCGAAAGCCCCAAGUCAACCAAGGCGUUUCGACCAGACACUCGGCUGUCGGAGCUCAACGCGGGCGAGCGCUCGCUUCCUGCAGACUUGCGGUUAGAAGACACUUCGACGGCGCGAGGAGCUGGCUCCCCCUGGGGCGCGGCGGACCGCGACGGCGACACGGCGUCGGUGCACGGCGAGUGGGCGCCCGGCGUGGCGCUGGAGCGCUGCAUGAGCUGCAUGUCCAAGCUGGGCGCGCUGUCCCGCUCGUCCACGGCCGCCACGCCCGGCACCUUCAACCCCGCGUGGACCAUGGACGCACUGCAGGAGAGGGAGAGCGACGCCCCACCGCGGCCGCCCAAGCCCGCGCGCCUGGAGCCCGCGCGUCUGGAGCUUGGGCGUCCGCCCGCGCCGCCGCCCACUACAUGCUGCCAGUCAGACGACUCCAAAAUCGGCCCUUAUGAAAAUUACGACGUGCCUAAAGUUCACCCUGCUGAGGUGGAAGGAGAGUAUUACGAUACUCCUAAAAGAUUAAAGGAAUGUUUAAAUGAAGAGUUGUUUAGGAUAACCAAGAGCUCAACGUCAAACGCUAUUAUUUUAAAGAAACCUUGCGGAUGUCUCCUCAAGUUCGGCAAACGACGGAGAGAGGCGACGGUGGUGGAGGCCGAGGAGGGCCUGGAGCCGGCCAGCUGCCCGUGCCGGCGCGUCACUGACUGGGCGCACAGCUGGAUAAAGCUGCCCUACUGCAGGAAAGCAGCGACGCCCACGGAGGCGUCAGUACCGAACAAGGAGAAUGUGACGCCGAAUAGCGAUCGGACAGCGCUGUACGCUACUAUAGACGUUUCUCGAAAGACGAAGCGGAAAGCGUCGCUCGGUGGUGAAGCGCAGAAUGUCGAAGUAGACGAAGGACCGCUUGCAAACUACGAGAACUUGAGCUUCGCAUUAUCUUUAGAACAUUACGAGAACGCCCGGGCGUUGUUACGGAAAGCCGGCGUGACGCAGGCUGAACUGGAUGCUAUCAGCGCAAACUUGAGGCCUCUCGGGUUGCCGGCGCGAAGCUGCGCCUGCAGCGCCUGCCGCCAGCCCGCGUCGGAGUACCUGCUCAUGGAGCCCGGCAUCGAGCCCGGCAAGCUGAAGGCGCCGUCGGGCUACACGCCCAUGUCGCCCAUCGGCGGGUUCGCGUUCCACACGCUGCGGCUCCCCGCGCGCGCCGCCAGGAACCUCGGCGAGGAGAAGUCCGCCAGCAACCCUGCGCUCUGCCCCGCCGCGCGCGCGGCGCUGCGCACGGGCGAGCCGCAACUCACCACGCGAAUAGAACGUACGCGGGUGGAAUACCGAAAGCGUUCAAGCUCUGCCGAUUCCUCGCGAUUCUUGGAAGACGUCAAGGAAUUUGAAGGCAGCGCGGGCAGUAGAGGAUCAUCCUCAUCAGUGGAGACGCUGCGAGCGCGGGCCGCGUCGCCUUGCGGCUGCCACAAGCUGUCUGACGCGGACAGUUCAGAGGCGUCGAAGGCGCGAGCGCCGGCACCGGGUGCGGCAGGCAACAGAGAUUCCUCUAGUAGCAAUGACUCAGGUGUAAGCAGCAGCAGUCGAGCAGGUGAGUUCGAGUUGCCGCUGACGACGGCAGCGGCGCGCCGACACUACCGCUCGGCGCGGCGCGCCGCGCUCCCGGCCGGCACCGCGCCGCCGCGCCGCGCGCGCUCCUCCGACGCGCCGCGGCUCGGCGCGGCCGACCCCACGCACAAGUCGUCGUCGGCAGAAGCUGAAGUGCCACUCCUAUCGCUUAAAGCACUUAGAGGAGUGCUGGACACGCACAGCUCGUCGAGCGGCGCGUCCGAUAUGUCCGACUACAUCGAGACGCUCUCCAUCUGCUCCUCUCACUCCUCCAGCGACACGCCGGUCACCAUGCGGGCGGGGCGGCAGUGCGCGAGCGUGCUGCGCCCGCGCUCCGGCAAGGAGUACCAGCCGCUCGGCGCGCGCCUGGCCGCCACCUCGCACCUCUACUCCAACCUGCCCUGAACCGACGCAACGCUGCCCACUCUUCAUACUGAGAUUACUAAAGGCACAGCCUAGUGAACAACGUUUAAACGAAGUAACCAUACGAAUUUCAUUAACUUAUAGGAAUUAGAUAUGAGGUGACUUUUUCCAUCUGUCAACGAUUGUAAACUUGGCUAAGCCACAUUUUAAAACGAUUUAAGUUAAAAGAAAAUGUUUGUUUCAUUAUUGUCAGUUAGGUACAAAACUUGGGAUAACAUACCUUUGUGUAACAACUGACGACGUGGUCUAGUAAAUAUUUACAAAAACAAACUAAAUAGAAGCUUUUCAAAGUUCACUUCUUUCUUAAGUGAGUAUAAACAAUUUGCCCCCGCGCGAUGACCGGGAGAGUGAGAUAGAUCAUUUGUUAAAUUUUAUUAUAAAAGUGUUAAGUGAAUUGAAUACUGUGUAUUUCUGUACUUACGUAUGUAGAUGUGAGUCUGUCCGUGUGUGUGUCCGUCCACAGGCAGCGCUCCGGCGGAGCCUUCUUUUGUACGACUUUUAUUUUAUUUCUGAUAAAUUUCCUUGUAGUUACAUGAAAGUUUGUAAAAUAAAUUGUAACUUGGGUCUUAAUAUAUGAAAAUAAAUUACUAUGGACACUAGUAAAAUUGUAAAUGUGAUUAUGAUGAAAAUUCUAGUAAUUAAAAGUAUAAUUCCAAUUCCGAUUGAAAGCGUCAGCAUUUAGUCUCGCCGCUGGAUUUAGCCGGCCGCUGGCCGCUGGAUAUGAUCUUUAAAUAUUUAAAUAAUCGAAAUAUUGGACAAUGGUGGAAAGCCGCUGCCGCUUGCUGUCCGAAUUGGAAGGAUACCGUAAACAAACUGGCGCGACGCGCAACUAAACGAAUUACAAGACAGGUCUUAUAAAUAGUUGUUAAUUUUUUAUUCAAAUACACUAUAUUAGCCUAAGACUCAGCCAAAUAUAACUUAUUUCUAGUCAUUUAUAUCUACUAUGUACAUAGGCGCGCUCGAGCGGAGUGGGGGUAGGUAGGGGGUAGGUGUACAUAGGCGGUGUUGUAAUAUUUUGAUACAGAUUUAUGACUGUACUCGUGUACAUGAACUCGACAUAGCAAUAAGAGUGCAACCACAGGUGAUCGAACGUGUAAUAUAUUUAUUAUAGUUAAUUAUGAUAGCGUGGAGCGGUUAGUGAGCGAGCGCCCGCGGCCGCGGCCCGGGACCGCGGUUUGUUUACACACUGCACUGACUUCCAAACUUUUAUCAUUUGUUAAAUUCUUUUUUGAAUAAUACAAGAUUAAAAGCGAGCUGAUAAUUAAUACGAGUUUGUAUGUUUCAAGAUUUUUGUAAAAGGUAUUGCUUUGUUUUGUAAUUCACUUUUGUAACAAAUGUGAGUGACAUCGGGUAAUAAUAGUAACAGCUUAUUAUUACGGAAAAUAGUAAUAAUAUAGGUAUCUAUUUUGAAAGAUAUUUGCCUCGCAAAAACUAUUGAUAUUUCGUCACAAAACACGAUUGCAAUUUCGUCAAAAUAAUUGAAUCAGUAGUAGGUUGGGAAUUCAAAUUUUAUACGAGAUGAAUCACGAAUACGUGAUCAUAAGUAUUGCUGCGUUCGUUCUAUCCUUCAGUAUUAUACAGUUUGGCACAUUUUGUACUAUAACUAUCGUGAACGAAAAUGAGCCGACACCCGAUCUACAAGCUAAUCGAAAAUUACGUAAAUUUUCAUAACCGAAAUUACAGACAAAAUAUACUGUUCCAUGUCGGUUAGGUGAUGAGAUGUUAUUAUAAUUAUUAUACAUAAUAUAUAGUAAACGAAAGGGUAGCAGG